AUGUCAAAUAGAAGCAAGUAGAAUGCAUCAAAAAAAGAUCAGGUAAUUCAAAGUAUUUAAAUAAGAUAGGGGAGCAUUACCAUUAGAUCAUUUUCAUAAGUGUGAUAACGAAGCAAGAUAAUAAAAUUAAUAUAUCCAAAUACAUGAGAAUAUGCCAAAAAGAUGUAGAAAAUAUCAGGUAGAUUAUUUGCAAUGUUGAAUGAAUAAUUGUCGUCUGGAAAAAGAAGACGCGAGUAGACUUGGUUUAGGACCAAAAAUAUAGAAUUAUUCUAAUUUCCAAUGCAUAUUAGGAAUCAGAAGAAUAAGAAAAAUAAUUUUUAUUUGAUAAAUUAAUGGAAUCAAAAC